CGAAGCUGAGAGUCGAGCGUUGGUCGAGCGUACGCCACCCUGCUGCCGAGAUUUGAGCGGAGAUCGAAUACGCGCAUAGACCUCUGCAGUUCUCGCGCGUUUUCUUUCUGUUCACCGUCGCGCCGUCUGAAGAAUCGCCGUCGCAGCUCACGCACAGGGAGCCUCGCGCUCUCCUCUUCUGGCUGUGGGGAAAGUCCCCGGAGAUGCAGACUCAACCCUCGUCCAACCAGUGGAAAGCGGCCGCCCCCAAGCACGGCGGGACCGGACGAGGACGGAGGGAAAGGCUUUGCGCAGGCUGCUUGCCUGAUUACGUAGUGGAGGGUUGUCUUCGAGAUGUCGGCCUUUUGUAUGUCAUCUGCAGUGUCGCAUGAACUAAAUGAAUGCAAAAUCAUUGGCACCUUGCCUCUAAA